CUUGGAGCGGGUGAAGAAAGGCAUCCUUGGUUUAGCUGUUGCUGUUCUUCAUUGAACAGUUGCUCAGAAUCUAGGCACUUCAGUCGUUUCAUUUCCCGCCUCUCCCCGAUUUCAAUGCACAAAUCACUUGCAUAUCUGUGACCUCGUGUCUCUAUCUCUGGCUCCUUGCUCAGAAGGAUAGAACCGGAGUUCCAAGCGUUUGGACCAAAGGGUCUCCGCUUACCGGAGGGAGCUGUCCGGGGUACUGAAGCUUCGCAAGCCUUCUGUUUCCACCAGCCCCAUGCGCGGUUAGGCUGCACGUUCGUUCUCAUUUCUAUUUUUCUGACUCCCAUGCCUGGGAUAAGGCUACUUUCAGGAUCGUGAAUAUCUCCGUAUCAUGGCCCACGUGAGACAUUUUCGGACACGAGUUUCAGGAUUUUAUUUCUGGGAAGCGACACUGCUACUCAGUUUGGUUGCCACGAAGGAGACAAACAGUGCAAGACCCCGAAGUACUCCAAUGUCACCGUCAGACUUUCUGGACAAAUUAAUGGGGAGGACAUCGGGGUAUGAUGCCAGAAUCAGACCUAAUUUUAAAGGUUCUCCAGUUAAUGUCACAUGCAAUAUAUUCAUAAACAGCUUUGGCUCUAUUGCAGAGACAACUAUGGAUUACAGAGUGAAUAUUUUUCUUCGCCAGAAAUGGAAUGAUCCCCGUCUCGCAUAUAGUGAAUACCCUGAUGAUUCUCUAGAUCUCGACCCAUCCAUGUUAGACUCCAUUUGGAAACCUGAUUUGUUCUUUGCCAAUGAAAAAGGUGCCAAUUUUCAUGAAGUUACUACAGACAAUAAACUGCUAAGAAUUUUCAAAAAUGGAAAUGUUCUUUACUCAAUAAGAUUAACAUUAACACUUUCCUGCCCAAUGGAUCUGAAGAAUUUUCCAAUGGAUGUGCAAACAUGUAUAAUGCAACUGGAAAGCUUUGGGUACACAAUGAAUGAUCUAAUUUUUGAAUGGCAAGAUGAGGCACCUGUACAAGUGGCAGAAGGACUCACUUUGCCCCAGUUUCUUUUGAAAGAAGAAAAAGAUUUACGAUAUUGCACUAAACAUUACAACACAGGAAAGUUUACUUGUAUAGAAGUACGAUUCCAUCUGGAACGACAGAUGGGAUACUACCUUAUCCAGAUGUACAUCCCCAGUCUCCUGAUCGUUAUUCUGUCCUGGGUUUCAUUCUGGAUCAACAUGGACGCAGCUCCCGCAAGGGUAGCUUUGGGAAUAACUACUGUGCUGACUAUGACCACACAGAGUUCCGGGUCACGAGCCUCCUUACCAAAGGUUUCCUAUGUCAAAGCCAUUGAUAUUUGGAUGGCGGUGUGUCUCCUUUUUGUGUUUUCUGCGCUUCUGGAGUACGCAGCUGUAAAUUUUGUAUCAAGACAACACAAGGAACUCCUGCGAUUUCGACGAAAGAGAAAGAAUAAGACAGAAGCUUUUGCAUUGGAGAAGUUUUACCGUUUCUCAGACACGGAUGAUGACAUAAGAGAAAGUCGAUUCAGCUUCACAGCCUAUGGAAUGGGACCAUGUCUGCAAACAAAAGAUGGCUUAGCUCCAAAAGGUCCAAACCAUCCUGUCCAGGUAAUGCCCAAAAGCCCAGAUGAAAUGAGGAAGGUCUUUAUUGACCGGGCCAAGAAGAUUGACACCAUCUCCAGAGCCUGCUUCCCAUUAGCUUUUUUGAUUUUUAACAUUUUCUACUGGGUUAUCUAUAAAAUUCUUAGGCAUGAAGAUAUUCAUCAGCAACAAGAUUAAGUGGGAGGCGCUUUAAACACUACCAUCCAAUUCAGAAGAGUUUCUUUACUAUAGGUGUAUGUGUGAGUACAUACGUGUGUGCUGUACAAAUGGCUAUUGUAUUAAAGUGGCAUUUGGGAAAAGUUGUAUUUUGAUUUUCUAUAUAAAGUCAAGAAUCAGACUGAGUCUUUUAGUGGAUAUCAAAUAUAUAUUACGGGAAUUCUAUUUCAUAUUAACUCAAAAUGAUGUUGCUUUUUUCACAGUAAAUCGUGUAAGUGGAAGCUUUUCCCACCAGUGUGUUUGUAUGUUAUAUAAUAUUACAUA